AUGAAUAGUUUAUUCAUUGGUGAAUGUCCAGAAUAUUGUCAUGAUCGAGGUUUAUGUACUGUAUCAGGCUGUCAAUGUGCUAUAGGAUUGUAUUGUGAAAAAUAUGUCGGUAUAGAACCAUUACCAAUAUGGUUUAAUGAAACAUUUGAUGAUUUACCUGAUGCUGGUAUCAAUAAUGGACCGAAUUUAAAUAAUUGGUUUAGAUUAAGUGGUAAUGGACAUAUUCGUCAUGUUUGUGAUGAAAAUAUAAAUAAUAAUAACAAUAUUACUGAAAAUUAUUUAAGUGGACAAGCACUUCAUUUUAGUGCUGGUUGUGGAUGUGGUAAUGUAGAAGCAAUUACUCGUGAACUUAAUAUUAGUCAAGCAACAACAAUAUCAUUUGCAUUUCAUGUUACAACUGAAGAUAAUUGUGUAUUAACUUCAAAUAAUGUUACUGUAGCUCUUGAAUGGACAUAUGACGAAGGUAUAUCAUGGAUGCGUUUAAUUACAAUGUAUAAUCAAGAACAUCCACAAUUGUUUAAUAUUACAUUACCUCUGAAUAUGAAACAAAUUCAUGAACAACGAAUUCUUGGUGGUAUACGAUUUCGAUGGACACAAACUGAACAUGCUUCUAAUGAUCUCUAUUGGUCUAUUGACAAUAUUCGUUUAGAAUAA